UUUUCUAUGUAUUGCAAGUUAUCCAUUGUGCUAGGCUAUACAUCCAACGCUUUCACCGUAUCUUUGCAACCUUCGUAUGGUCUUCAACUUUUGAGCCCAUGAGGCGAGACAAUAUUUUUAGGCCUGUUAGUGAAGGUGGGCUGGGCUUAGUACAUCUUUAUGUGCGGCAAAUAGUGUCUCGUUUCUUCUUUUUUCGCGAUACUUCCCAUCCUGUAAUUCGUUCAUACAUGCAAGUCACACUUGUUAAUGCGUUACCUGAUUUAGUUGUUUCUUCAAGUUUUUCUUCGCGCUUAUGCUUGCGGGGGUUCAUGCAAGAAGUUUACUUGGCGGUUCGUUUCCUGACAGUUCGGUUUUCCACUGAAUACUUGUAUUCUGUGUCGCGCAAAACGCUGUACAAAGACUUACUCUCCAUGCUAUUUCCGCCUCCACUUUACCGAUCAAUAUACAUUAAAUUGCCAGGCCAAGAUGUGCUAAAGCGCGUUCGCAAAAUGUAUUUAUCCCCUUGCUGCAAAACAUUCUUUUAUAAAGUUCAUAGUGAAACCAUACCGGUUAAAACAUGGCUACAAAAAAAGGGUAUCUUUGUCUCUUCUGUUAACUGUCGCCUUUGUGAUGUACCAGAGACAAUUGAACAUUGUUUUAUUAGCUGCACUGACGCCAUCCUAUUUUGGGAUGUCCUCCAACGGACUUUAAAGAAAGACUUUGAAAUUAACGCUCAUACUGUGCGAUACCUGCUGCCAACCUCUGAUAAUAGUGCACCUUUCGAUAUGUUUUUUGUCAUGGGAAUGCACAGUUUGUGGAAAACGCGAAUGAUGGACAGAAACGCCGAAAGGGUUGUACCUACAAGGGCAAAUUUCAUCCAAAUGACACUACACCUAAAGCAGGUUUAUGAUGGACUCGGUGUACAACCGGACUGGUACCCUAUUUUGGUGAGGUGCUUAUCCUUGCCACCCUUCUAAAGUGACAAGAACGUUUCUACUCACAGUAUGAACGCUGCCUUUUCUGUGUGUGACUUUUAUUGUGCCCUCCAUUCUCUGACUAUGCAGAACUGGUGAACGUCUGGUUGAAUGCAACUAUAAUAAAUACCAUGAAAGAAAAAAAAAAAAAAGCCAUGGUUGCUCAGUGGCUAUGGUGUUAGGCUGCUGAGCACGAGGUCGCGGGAUCGAAUCCCGGCCUCAGCGGGUGCAUUUCGAUGGGGCGAAAUGCGAAAACACCCGUGUACAUAGAUUUAGGUGCACGUUAAAGAACCCCAGGUGGUCGAAAUUUCCGGAGUCCUCCACUGCGGCGAGCUUCAUAAUCAGAAAGCGGUUUUGGCACGUAAAACCACAUAAUUUGAUAUAUUUUUUUUUUAGUUUUCGCGUUUACGUUUUACGCGUACUUAGUCGCGCCGCCGUAGGCGAAACAACCAUAUACAAAUAAAGGCAUUGAACGAGUGUUAACACUUACCACGUGAAAAUUAGUUUCAAGGAACUAAUGCGUCUCCUGACGCUGGUUCACCGAGUCAGCAGAGCCCGGUGAACCAGAUUGGUGUGUUCUACCGCCGGCUCUUGGCUGGCAGGUAUAGGUAUAUAUGAUCUUAUAUCGCCGUGGGAGAAGUGGGAAGAUAUGCUAUCAGUUAUGGGAUGAUAAUGUGUCCCAUUGUAAGUCCCGGAAGAAACAAGAACACAGGUUCACGGUCGUGCUAAUACGAUCGCGCAUUAUCGCGCUUGAAUGCAGCGGAACGUAUAUAUAGGCUGAAAUGAUUCGAUACUCGACAAUAUACAGCGACUCCUUGCGACUCCCGAUAAUCUUAGGAUAAAGGGAAAGAAAUCCAGCCUAUUUACAUAGUUGCUACUUUCCUCUAAAACUGGCCUGAGCACGUACGCUUCUUAGUCACGCUCGGUGUUUUAGAGCAUCUCGGGCGCAAUUCGCGGCAUUUUUACGGUUUUGACGCAGCAAGUCGCAAAUGUACAGCAAUUUGGCAGAAUUGACGCAGCUGUACCACACCUGUUAUAGCUUUUAUUUCUAAUUUCAUGAAAUAUAAGGGAGCGAACCAUUGUCCUAGGCUGUCCGAUCUAUCAAAAAAAAAAAAAAACAGGAGACACUAACCCGUACAUUUAUGAGCAGAAUUAAAGAUAGGGAUCUCGUUAAGAGAGCAAACUUCGUGCAAUCUGUGUGCGAACAGAAUUAACAGUUGAUAGAGGUUGAUGGGGGCGCAUAGCUCCUGCGAUGCCUAAAGAAGAGUCGCCGAUACAAGAAAAAGAGAAAGGGGGGUGAAGGGCAGAGUCCCGUCAUAAAAAUAUAUGGGGGGGGGGGGCGCCCCCCCCUCUCUUGCUUCUCGGUUCCGGCGUCUCUGAAUGAGACAGUGCCAAUGCAUCUGCCUAGAGCGGAUGUUUCCAAAAGCAAAAAAAAAGGAAAACAAGGAAAAAAUGAAUAAAACAACACUUGAUUGGUUCCUAACUUCGCUACAGAUGACCGGAAUACCCCGCGCCUCUUGCAUUCUCGCCUAAGCUUACACAAUGCAGCCCUGAAGCUGCUGCUACCAGAAAGCUUCUCCAGCAUCACUUGUGCCCGGCAAUGGCGUUCGUUAUUCUUAUUAGUUUUUUUGCUCUAAUUUUCCAGCGCGAUCAUACGACAGUACAGAUUUGCGAAGUCCGUCAACUAUCUAUGCACCAAUCACCGCUACGCUGAGCAUCUCUUUCUAGUCUGGACCACGUUAGAUCAUCUGAACUCCAUAACAAUCUCGAUCCCAAAGGCACUUGGACCAUGCCCAAAUGCGUCACUUGGCUUCUUCGCAUUCGCUUUGGAAGUUCGCAUUUAGAUGG